CUCGGGAAUGGUAAGCAUGCAACACCACAAAACUAUAAAUACAGCUCAAUUUUGACACUUCUUUCUUCAUCCAUCCAUCUCCACAUCACAACAAUCUUCUCACUUUCAACCAACUCUCUAACAAAAUGUCUCAAAAUACUCAAUACGUCAAAGAUCAACCUGCUGGCUUCAAUAAUAAAAUCCAAAAUGUUGCCAUCAUCGGAGCAAGUGGUCAAAUGGGCGGUCAUAUCGUAGUGGAGCUACUCAAGAACCCACAAUUCAAAAUUACCGCCUUGACACGCAAAGGCAGUAAAAGUCAAAUGCCAGAAGGUAUUCAUAAUGUAGUGGAUGUUGAUUAUGAUCAACAACAAUCAAUCGUUGAUGCUCUUAAAGGACAAGAUAUUUUGAUCACAACUUUGGCAACAACGGCUCCAAGAGAUUUACCCAAUAAGCUCGUUGAUGCAGCUGUUGAAGCAGGAGUACGAUGGUAUAUUCCAAACGAUUGGGGACUUGAUUUCUCAAACAACCAAUCAGCAAAAGAAGAAACUUUUAUCGGUGUUGGUAAAGAACAACAUAACAAAUACGCUCAUUCAAAAGGUCUUCCUUGGACUGCGAUCGGAAAUGGAUUUUGGUAUGAAUGGUCCUUGAGUGGUGGAAUUCAAAUGUUUGGAAUCGAUAUCAAAUCAAGAAAAGCAAACUUUUAUGGAAAUGGUAAAGUUCCUCAAUCUACUUCAACUUGGAGACAUUCGGCUCGCGCCGUUGCUACAUUCUUGGCAUUGCCCAUCCUUCCACAAGAUCAAAACGAUACAAAGGUCACUAUGAGCAAAUGGAGGGAUGCCUAUCUAAACGUACAAAGCUUCCACUUGGACCAACGUCAAAUGUUAGAUGCCGUUCAAAAAGUUACAAACACUACCGAUGCAGACUGGGAGAUCAACGACGCAAAUGUUCAAGAGAUCUGGAAAGAAGGUUCUGAUCGCUUGAAGCAAGGUGAUAUGACAGCUUUUGCUGUUUCUCUUUAUUCCAGAACCUUUUUCCCUGAUCAUCCGGCUGAUAAUGACGAGAAAUGCAAAGAAGAAAUGAAGCUUCUGGGCUUAGCAGAAGAUGAAUCUUUGGAGGAUGCUACAAAGCGAACAGUUCAAAUGGCAGAGGGUAGCUACGUUCAAAACUUCUUUGCCAAGUUGUACACAUCUGGCAACUAAUCCUAGCCUCUAAUUUUAAUACAAUAGAAUUCAACCGAAACUUUUGCUUCCUACAUCAUUGUAAUGACAUUUGAAUUAACCCCAAUUUUGCUUCACUUCAUCGUAUUGAGCUUGUGUCAAUGGUUUCACU